AUGUCAGAGAAAAAGCAGCUGGUAGACUUAGGUUUCUUAGAGGAAGAUGACGAGUUUGAAGAGUUCCCUGCCGAAGACUGGGCUGACUUAGAUGAAGAUGAAGAUGCACAUGUCUGGGAGGAUAAUUGGGAUGACGACAAUGUAGAGGAUGACUUCUCUAAUCAGUUACGUGAUGUUCUUUCUGUUUUAUCGUAGAGCUGAACUACAGAAACAUGGUUAUAAGAUGGAGACUUCAUAGCGUCCAGAAGAAGUGUUGAAGUAACCUAAACUUGACAUGUUUAAUACGUUCUAGGACAGAGAACCCAGGAUGGGACACUAAAAAAAAUGUUUAUUUCAUUAUCUGCUUGGAUUUAUUUGUGUUUUUGUAACACAAAAAAUAAAUGUUUUGAUAUAAAAA